AUGCAGGGCUUGCAGGGGAGAGCUCCUCACCCGUGGGCCGUCACUGCGCGCGAGGACAGGACGCAGGAGCCAAUCAGAGCGCAGCCCGAAGGGACACUGCGCCGUGAUUGGUCGAGGGAGGAGAGAGCAAAAGUGAGGGGAAAGUUUGACGCCUACAAAACCGUAGACUACAACAGCCCGGGCCCUGAUGAGUUCCAGGCGCCCGUUAUUAUCCGCUGUGGGUCGGGGGGCUGGUAUCUUUCAUGGAGCUGCAGCAGUGCGUAUAAGUGUCCGUUCGGCUUCAGGGUGGUUUCGUGGUCACAGUCUGGUUUAGACACUGGGCAGAAGUUUGUCCACUAA